GCGACGAGCUCAACUCGUGGUACGUCGCCGUGACGCGGGCGCGGCAGCGCCUGCAGCUGCCCAGCCGGUUCUGGGCGUUGCAUGACGCCGUGUGGGGCGGUGGAGGCUUCCGCCCGGACCCAUCCGAGGAGAGCGCGCCUCAGUACACCGCGGAGGAGGUCGAGGGCAUCAAUGCGCUCCUGGCCAAGAUGCGUGGCGCGCUCCCACCAGCCGGCGCCGAGAUGGAGGACGAGCUCAGCCAGGGCAGCAGCGUGGCGACGGCCGCCCCCUCCGCCCACGGCACCCCAUCCUCGUUGCCCUCCUGCUCCGCCGUCUCGCCAGCAGGCUCGGCGCUUCGAGGCCUCGCGCUUGGUACGCCCGACGCAGCACCAUCGGCCCUCCGCCGAGAGGAUUACGAGCCCGCCGACGGCCACGACGCGGAGGGCGAGGCUGCUCUCGACGAGUUGCUCAACGAAGGAGCGCCGUCGCCGCCGACAGCCCGCACGCUCCGCUUUUCGGACGGAUAG